GGAGUAAGCGAGCGCGCAGCCAGACGGAGAAUUAUAAAAGGGGUGAUGCAACGCGCUCCCAGCCACAGUCGCACUCGGCGAGGCGCGCGCGCUACCGCGCUCUCUCCGCGCCCUCCCAGCCGCCGGAGCGGAUCCGCCGGCCCGCGCACCGGCUGAGAGUCCUCGGUGCCUGCCCGCCCGCCCGCCCGCCGCCGCCAGACAGACAAACCACCCCACCCUGCCCGCCCUCUGGACCCUGGCCGUCCCGUGCGGAGACCGGAGCAAAAUGAUGCUUCAGCACCCAGGCCAGGUCUCUGCCUCGGAAGUCAGUGCCUCUGCCAUCGUCCCUUGCCUGUCCCCUCCUGGGUCACUGGUGUUUGAGGAUUUUGCUAACCUGACACCCUUUGUCAAGGAAGAGCUGAGGUUUGCCAUCCAGAACAAGCACCUCUGUCAUCGGAUGUCCUCUGCACUGGACUCAGUCACCGUCAGCAACAGACCCCUGGAGAUGGCUGUCACGAAAGCUGAGGUAGCCCCUGAAGAAGAUGAAAGGAAAAAGAGGCGACGGGAAAGAAAUAAGAUUGCUGCUGCCAAGUGUCGGAACAAGAAGAAGGAGAAGACAGAGUGUCUGCAGAAAGAGUCAGAGAAGCUGGAGAGUGUGAAUGCUGAACUGAAGGCCCAAAUCGAGGAGCUGAAGAACGAGAAACAGCAUUUGAUAUACAUGCUCAACCUGCAUCGGCCCACGUGUAUUGUCCGGGCUCAGAACGGGAGGACUCCAGAAGAUGAGAGAAACCUCUUUAUCCAACAGAUAAAAGAAGGCACACUGCAGAGCUAAGCACCUGUGGCAAGGGGACAACUGAGGACUCCUCAUUGAAUCCUCCUUUUCCACCCCAAACCCUGAAGCCAUUGGAAAGCCAACUUCCUGUGCACAUCUAGCAUCCCAGAAGCUGAGCAUCAUUGAGGCAGGAGGGCCCAUGACCACUCUACUGGGCCUUCCCACUCUGCCUCAGAAUGAACUUUGGACCAGGGCAACCUUUGUGGCCACCAUUGCCACAACUUCAGGAUUUGGUCCUUCAUACACUGGCUAUUCAUAGAUGUUCCAGGUGGCCCCGGGUAGGGCCCUGCCCACUUUUCAGGAUGCCCACUUUUCAGGAAUCAUUACAGAAGUGUCUGUACUUUGGAUGGGUGGGUAAGGUGGGGUCACCUCCUCACUGCAGCUGCCACCAUCACUCCUAAGGGACUUGGAGUGAAUGCAUUUCUCAAAGUUGUGCAAUGGCCAGGGUUGGGCUUUCUAGCAAAUAUGCUGUUAUGUCCCAGAGUUACUGUGUGCAAGGCAUUCAUUUCAAAAUUAGGCAUUGUGCUAUUUUCAUGUUCGUGUCACACACUGCUGGUGUGACUUUCCUGUGAUUUUCCUCAGAUCUAGUUUCUGGGGGUGGGAAGGCUCUCACCAUGGACAGAGUUUCACAGAACUGUUCAGCUGGCCAGAAGUUUGCCUGCCCAGGAGAGUAAAAAUCAUCUUGUUGGAUAGCAGAAGCUAACAGAUUGUCAACAGAGGACACCGCUCCCUAGACACCCGAGAGUAAAUGAAGAGUCUGUAGGCAGGACAGCACACCUUCUGUGGUAAACUCAGUUACUGUGUCGCAGAAAGAAAGUCCAACUUCCAAAGGGUUAGGACUGUCUGCUCAGUGACUCAGGUCAGGAGUUAUUUCAAGGCCAGCAGGGCCAAAGAAGAUUCCGUUUUUCCUUUCCUGGGGUCACAAUCACAGUCCAUGGAGGCACAUUUCAAGCCAGGUGGUGCCCAGGUUGUGGCAUUAUUGAAUGUCAGAUGGUAUUGUUUUUGUCAGGUAGCUGUUUUAAGAAAUCUGGCCCAGAGCAUGCUUAGCUGUGAGAAGUCCCUCACAUUGGCCACAGGACUCUGGCUACUGUCUGUUAAAAUUCUGAUGUUUCUGUGAAAUCCUCAGAGUGUUUAAUCCUACUCAAUAGUAUCAUUACAAUUUUCUGUAAGAGAAGAUAUUAUUUAUCCCAGCAUUCUUGUCAGUAUAAAUAAAUAUUGGAACCAAGAUGAG